GAGAGUGCAGCGAGGGAGGGUCUGCUAUUAUCCCCAGGAGGCUGUGUUCACUGAAGAGACAUCACCAGCAGAUGCUAAACCUCCCCUCAGCGUGUGGCUCUCAGACCCUCAGCCAAGCCCCCCCUCUUCGCAGGGAUUGGGGGGGGGUGAAGGAGCAGGUUACAGCUGCUCAGUCAGCGCCGUGAGAGUGACAGAGUGUGACCUGAACCGGGGACGGCUGACCAGCAUUUCGGGGACGAGGAGGUGGUGGGCACGGAGCAGGUGGAGAACGGACAGCAGGAAGGGAACAGCGCCCGAGCAGGACGUUAAAGAGUCACUCUCCAACGUUCACCCACCCCCCACCCUGGUGACUCCCUCAGUCCUGGCCCGAGACCUGGCAGCAGUGAAUGGGACAGGGGUCUACCCCCAGGGUGAGGCACUAUGAUCUCCAGCAGCGGGUAUCCCUGUGUCAUCCAGGAAUUCGAUUGCCUCUUGCCAGUGGAAUCCAGCCGCCCUAUCACUGCCGGGGAAUGUGCCCUCACCAACCUCAACGCGCUGCAUCUACACAGGCCCCCUCUCGCCCGUUACGUGGGGGGUUUCAUCCUCCCCCCAGCUCAAGGUGCUCAGAGCCCCCUCCCCCUGACAGUGAGCACCUGGGAGCACCAGGACAAAGGGCGCCCCAUUGACCGUCCUUGGCACCUAGACCCCAACAGCAAUGAGCCCGAAGGGCUGUGCCGGUCAGUGGGAGGCGCUCCUCCCAAGCCCAGCUCCCCGUCCUCCCCCUCCACUCCAUCCCUGUCCUCCCUCACCUCCUCCACCACCUCCUCCUCCUCCUCCACCUCCUCCUCUCCCUCUCCCUCGCCCCUCAGCAGCUGCCCAGACUCCGACGCCAGCCCGGACAUUGGCGUAGGCCCAUCCCUGCAGAGCAGCUCCGGGGGAGCUGGCCGUGCUCCCGGACCUGAGCUCGGUAGGGAGCCCCCCUCUGAGGGUCCCUUCGCCCUCCGUCUGGACCUGAACCGCAAUCUGGGGGCGGACGGUGGCUUCCCCCCACCCCCCUCAGCUCGGCCCGGUCAAGAUGGCCCCCUCUGGUCCCCGCUCUCGCUCCCCCUCUCCUCUGGGGAGGGGCUCCAGGCCACUGUCACCAGGGGGCCCCACCCAACACAGGUGACCCUCUCCCCCUUCGAGGGAGAUACCAGACCCUUCCCCAUGCCCCGGGUGCACGGGCAGCACCUCAUCACAUUCGAUUCACCAACUAGCAUCGGGCCCAGCCCCAAAGACCUCCACCAGGAGGACAAGGCUCACUCCGCAGAGCUCCGCCAGAAGGACAAGGCUCACUCUGCGGAGCUCCACCAGGAGGACAAGGCUCACUCCGCAGAGCUCCACCAGGAGGACAAGGCUCACUCCGCAGAACUCCGCCAGGAGGACAAGGCUCACUCCGCAGAGCUCCGCCAGGAGGACAAGGCUCACUCCGCAGAGCUCCGCCAGGAGGACAAGGCUCACUCCGCAGAGCUCCGCCAGGAGGACAAGGCUCACUCCGCAGAGCUCCGCCAGGAGGACAAGGCUCACUCCGCAGAGCUCCGCCAGGAGGACAAGGCUCACUCCGCAGAGCUCCGCCAGGAGGACAAGGCUCACUCCGCAGAGCUCCGCCAGGAGGACGAGGCUCACUCCGCAGAACUCCGCCAGGAGGACGAGGCUCACUCCGCAGAGCUCCGCCGGGAGGACGAGGCUCACUCCGCAGAGCUCCGCCGGGAGGACGAGGCUCACUCCGCAGAACUCCGCCGGGAGGACGAGGCUCACUCCGCAGAGCUCCGCCGGGAGGACGAGGCUCACUCCGCAGAGCUCCGCCGGGAGGACGAGGCUCACUCCGCAGAGCUCCGCCGGGAGGACGAGGCUCACUCCGCAGAGCUCCGCCGGGAGGACGAGGCUCACUCCGCAGAGCUCCGCCGGGAGGACGAGGCUCACUCCGCAGAGCUCCGCCGGGAGGACGAGGCUCACUCCGCAGAGCUCCGCCGGGAGGACGAGGCUCACUCCGCAGAGCUCCGCCAAGAGGACGAGGCUCACUCCGCAGAGCUCCGCCGGGAGGACAAGGAUUGCCCUGAGGAGCUCUGUCAGGAGAUCAAAACACAGCCCAGAGAGUUCCUUCAGGGGACUCAAGGUCACACUGCAGACGUCCCCCCAGGACCCAAAAACCACCCAGCAGUGCUCCAAUUAGGAGUCAGAGCACAGCUCCGUCCGGGGACCAACAGUCAGGCCACAGAGCUCCGCUCAGGGACCAAGACUCAAGUUGCAGAGCUCCGCCCAAGUACCAAAUCACAAGCCACAGAGCUCCGCCUGGGGGCCAAAGCCCAGGCCUCAGAGCUCUGCCCGGGGACAAAAGGCCAGGUCACGGAGCUCCACUCGGGGACCAAAGCGCAGGCCGCAGAUCUCCGCCCAGGGACCAAAGCACAGGCCGCAGACCUCCGCCUGGGAACCAAAGCACAGGCCUCAGAGCUCCGCCCGGGGAUCAAAAGCCAGGCCUCAGAGCUCCGCGCGGGAACCAAAAGCCAGGCCUCAGAGCUCCGCGCGGGAACCAAAAGCCAGGCCUCAGAGCUCCGCGCGGGAACCAAAAGCCAGGCCUCAGAGCUCCGCGCGGGAACCAAAAGCCAGGCCUCAGAGCUCCGCGCGGGAACCAAAAGCCAGGCCUCAGAGCUCCGCCUGGGGACCAAAAGCCAGGCCUCAGAGCUCCGCCCGGGGACCAAAGCACAGGCCUCAGAGCUCCGCCCGGGGGCCAAAGGCCAGGCCUCAGAGCUCCGCGCUGGAACCAAAGGCCAGGCCACAGAGCUCCACCUGAGGACCAAAGGCCAGGCCGCAGAGCUCCGCCCAGGGACCAAAGCACAGUCUGAUACCAGGAGCCCAAGGAACAUCACCUCUUUCCAUGAAUUGGCCCAGAGACGAAGACAGAGUACAGCCGGACAGCCGACCAUCAAAGUGAAAGAGGACAGGAGUGACUGGUUAAUCACCUUCUCCCCCGAGAGCGAGAUGCCCAUGCCCACUGUUGGUCCGUGCCCAGAACCCGGGAGCCAGCACAAGGAAGUGACCACCUUCAGGGAACUCCGUUACAGAACCCAACUGGGCAGGUGGAACCUCCCACCAGCUCCCAGUGAGCCGAGGCCUAGCUCCCCCAGAGCCCAGACCAUGCGGAGCAACAGGGAGCCAGGCCCAGGUCCCAGAGAGACAACACUGAGGCCAGGCCCGGGUCAAAGGUCAGGACAGCAGGAGAGGGGAGGCCGGGCAGCGAACACAGCACCGAGAGCGGACCCCCGGAGCUGGUCAGAGCAGGCGUUGGGGGUAUCAGACAGCCAGCACGAUGGAGGGGGAGCUGGAGAGACCGGCUCAGAGAGCAGCCAGUUCCUCAGAGAACAGCAGCCCCAGGAGGUAUUGGCUGGAGCAGGCCGAGGGAAGGAGCAAGCUGUGAGGGGUGGAGGAACGAACCAGGGGCGAGGAAAGGCUGAUGGUCAAGACAAGAUCAGGAAGGAAGCUGGUUGGAGUUGGCCAUGCCCUGGAGCAGGAGGGAAAGGAUGGUGUAGAAUGGCCAGGACGAGCCACGCCCGGGACAGUGACACCUCACCAGCGUGGGACCAAGGCAAGAGAGGCCUGCUCUGGGAUGUCAAUGUGGCUGUCGAUAAAAUCAUCGCCCACUUCAGUGCAGCCCGGACGGUGGUGCAGAAGGCCCAGUUUGGGGACAGUCGUGUGAACCCGUUGGUGGGUCAGUUGGUGCUGGAGGAUCUCUGCCCUGCUCUCUACGCUCUGCUCAGUGACGGACUCAAUCCCUAUCAACAGGACAUCAUUGUCGGCUGGAGGCCACAGUCCCCUUGGUCACUGGUGGAAGCAUCAGUCAAAACAGGUCCUGCUGCGAACACACUGUAUCCCGUGUACUGUCAGUUUGAUCACCUCCGGCAGCUGAGGAACGCUCCGGACAAGUUCAACGCCUUUAUAUUCGCUCUCCUCAAUACCAAACAACUCGAGUUCUGGAUCUCCACUCUGCUCAACAGCCAAGAACAAUCCAAGCGCGGCCUUGCGUCACGUCCGCCGCGGACAACGACGACAGCGACGCCACCUCCGCCCUGCCGUCACAGAGUCACUUUCGCUGACGCCACUUCCGCCCGGAUCGCCCCCCCCAUCGUCACGUGGCCACUUCCGCCCAUACCGCCCCAAUCAUCACAGAACCACUUCCGCCAGGACCACCUCAGUCUGCAGCCUCCCUCCCUCCAGAUGCUGCUGUAG